AUGACAGACCUCAUUUCAACAAUGGAGCCGGAGAGUGACUGUGCAAAUCGUAUGUUUCAGCCAGAGUCUGACCAGUUGAGCCUCGACAGCCCUAAGAGCCCACCCCUUGACCUGAUUGACACAGGAAAAGGAGUUAAGGUACAGACAGCCACACCCCACCUGGUCAGCUUGGGCAGUGGCCGACUCAGCGUGGCAAUCACUCUGUUACCUCUGAAAGAGGGGGUGACACGCAUAGGGCGGGAAGAUGCCCCUGUUCCCCAGGACAUCACUAUAGAAGGUCCUGGCAUAGAGGCAGAGCACUGUACAAUUGAAAACAGAGGAGGGGUCGUAAGCCUUGAUCCCUGUGGACAUAUGUGUUCUCUUGAUGGUGUACCUGUGACCAAACCCACACCGCUAACACAAGGGUACUCUCUCUGUCUGGGUAAAUCCUACUUCUUCCGUUUUAACCACCCAGAGGAGGCCAGCCGAAUGAAAAGCAUGCUACCCCAAAAGAGUCCAGUGUCGCCCUUGGUGUAUAGCACCGACUAUCUGAAGUUCAGCAGUGACUAUAGCCAUGGUAUCGGGGGUUCCAGCCCUAGGGGCAUGCGCUCUGCGUCAGAGCUUCGGGAACUGAUGGACACUCUGCAGAGAAAGAAAUUGGCUUUGGAGAACAGUUUGCGUACCAAUGGGGACAGCAGCCCCUCCUACUUCAGCAUGACACAGUCCCCACCCACCACACCCAACCCUUUGUCACCUAUCACCUGCUCUAGCCCUGCUUCAUCCUAUCAGGAUCAAGCCAGGAGGCUAUAUAGUUCUGAGCGCCCACCCCUAUCUGUUAAAGUUCCCUCCCACACAUCCACCAGCAUGCCUCCCUCACCACGUCGAUCUGACCCUCGAGAACGGGAGAUGUCUUUGCCGCAAUCACGUCCCAUAACACGAAACCAGUCCCAAGACAGUCUGCUCCUGUCGACGUCUACAGAUGGUCGACGUGCACCGAGUUCUGGCUCCCUUCUGUCCAUGUGGAAUGGCUCCUCUUCCACGGUGGGCGAUUCUCUCCCCCCUACACCGGGGGGCGGUAGCGGGGCCGCCAGCAUGCCCUCCAGCCCUCGUCUAGCCCGCAGGCAUCAGUCUCAUGAUUCGAGUCGUAACGGUUGCUUGGAGCCCACACCGCGUCAAAGGAAGUACUCGGCCGGCUCCCUCACCGGUAUGGGUACGCACAGUCGCUCUCUGCCCCGUCUCUACCGGCCUUCCGAAACCCAACUCGUCCCCCUCUCCAUCCUUCCACCCCGACGUUCCCUGGACAGUCACCCCCCUCGCCCCUGUGUUACACCCGAGCCUGGACAGCAUAACGGGCAUUCUGAAGUAAUCUCCAUUUCUCUGUCUACCAAACCGAAGCGCUCACCAGCUCCUCCUGAUGUUACUGUGCCCUCUGGUGCCCCUACCAGUCCCAGGGUGGCCAAGAAAAUGAGUCUGACCUCCAGUAGCUCAUACUCAGACCUGGAGCGUCAGGUAGCCCGUGGACCUUCUCCAGCCCUGGAGGUGGGUCUAGGAGAGAGGAGGCAGUCUUUUGGGAAGGCUGGCUUGGGCCCACAAGGUGGCUUCAGGGAACGAAAAGGCAGCAUCAGUUCCCUGAGUGGGAAAGAAGAGCUACAAGACUACCACCAGAGACAGAGAGAUGAGCGUCUCAGAGAACAGGAGGUGGAAAGACUGGAACGUCAGCGUCUGGAGACCAUUUUGAGUCUAUGUUCAGAGAUGGGUUCAGCAGAUGGGGAGAAGGGAGGCUCAGCUGUUGCUGACCUACAGAAAAUCAAUAAAGAGCUAGAGAAGUUACAGGUGUCUGAAGAUGAGUCUGUUUUUUCCGACUCCAUCAGCCUUGGUCCAGAGAAUGGCUACACAUCCAAAAUCCGGGAAUACCAGGCUACAGAGGAGCGCCAGGUUCGACAGCACCGUAGCAGAGACAUCAGGGCAGAGUCCCCCUCGGUCGGGCUCCGCAACUCCGCCCCUUCCCCCUCACCUCGUCUUGUACGGACCAAUAAGACUCCUGAGGAAGAUCUACAACUGAAGCAGGAGGUGACACGGAUAGAGGAGGAGAGAAUUCAGGUCCUCAACAACAUGGAAGAGCUGGAACAGAAGAUCAAAGACCUGGACAACCAGAUGGAUGAGUCUGUCAGAGAGAUGGAGGUGGAACGUGCUCUUCUGGAAGGGGAGCAGGACUCUGAGAUGGCUCAGCUCCAGCAGGAGAAGGAAGCCUUAGAACAGCUCAAUGAUAAGAUGGCUGAACUGGAGAAGAAGGCGCAGACAGAAAAGUCUGAGGACAAAGCCCUCCUCGAUGCUGAGAGGGUUAAGGUAGAGAAGUUGGCAGAGCUUGUGUCUGAGCAGAAGAACCAACUUGACACCUGCCCAGAGGCACUGAAGGAACAGCUCCAACUCCAGCUCUCCAGGGAUGCAGAGGUGCUGGAGGUAGAGACGAAACGAUUUGAAGAUCUGGAGUUCCAGCAGCUGGAGAGAGAGAGCCGCCAAGACGAGGAGAAAGAAACUCAGACCCAAGAACUUCUACGCGAGAUUGCAGAGUACCAACGCAACACAGUCACGCGCAAGGAGAGACUCUUGACUCUGAAGAAGCAGACGGCUCAGAUAACCCAGCAGACUCAGCGAGAAAAGGAAAGCUUCUUGAAAGAGAAGAGUAACCUUCAGAUGAUGCUGCAGAGGGAAAAGGAAAAACUGGCCAGUCUUGAGAAGAAAUAUGCUGAACUGACAGGAGGUCAUAGUUUCCCAGUCAGUCCCAUUAGUAUGAAGGAGGAUGGCUCCUCAUUGGCUGAUGUGUGUUUGUCUCAUGGUGACUCCUCCCAAGCCAAUAAAGCUCUCUCUGUGUUUCCUGCCGAUCUCGUGGCCAUCUCUCUCUUCUCCUCUCUUUCCGUGAAGAGCGCUGAGGGCUAUGUCACAGUCAGUGAGAUUAAUGAGCUCUACUCUCAGCUGGGGGUAAACCCCACCUCAGCUCCCCUCCCUGACCCAGCCAAGCCCUCCCCAGAGGCCUCUGAGCCUGAACAAGAGUCUAGUCUUGCUCCUGAAGAAAACACCUCCCCACCAGGAGAGGACGAGGUGUCGGUCUGUUCUGUCUCCCGCUCCUCCACCUCCUCUUCUUCUUCCUCCUCUGUCCCGCUGUGUUCUCGGCCAGUCUCAGCCAAACCCGUCUCCGUGCACUGGCCUGAGGACAUGGUGACUUAUGUCAGCCCCUCACCUCCCCCCGACUCUCCUCCACCUCUCCCUGCCAAAAAACACCGCCGUCACAGGCAGCACUUCCGCACUCUAGAGGAAAGAAAGAGAUUGGGCAAAGAGGGCGGAGCACACUUGAGCGACACGCUGCCGCGUAAGAAGACCCAACCCACCGUCAGCCCGCAGUACAACUGUGCCACUCUUGGCCGCAAUGUGAUGUCCAAGUCUCAUUUACCACUGGCCCAAAGCUCCAGCUGUAGCAGCGUGUUAAACCGAGUCCUCACCGUCUCCCCUAAAGACCCAGAUUCACGACGCCUGCACAAGGGAAAGUCUAAGACAGGACACAGUCAGCAGCAUGUUGGAGAGGAUCCCAGGCAGAGGCUGAGUGACUUGAACAGCCGCGCUGCCUCUCAGUCUAACGUCUACCUGGACUCUUACGGUUACCACGACAACGGCCACGCCUUCGACACGCUGAGCGUGGACAGUUCGGACAGCAUGGAGACCAGCAUCUCUGCCUGUUCCCCUGACAACAUCUCCAGUGCCAGCACCUCCAACGUGGAGAAGAUUGUGGAAAUGGAGCGCCUCCUUCGGGAGGCGCAGGCCGAGAAGAACAGACUCCUGGAGCACAGGGAGAGGGAGAUAGAGGUACGCAAGCAGGCUCUGGAAGAGGAGAGGAGGAGAAGAGAGGAACUGGAGAAACGAUUGCAGGAAGAGACCAACAGACGACAGAAACUCAUCGAGAGAGAAGUCAAACUCCGUGAGAAACAGAGAGCGCAGUCUCGACCCCUCACCCGCUACCUACCCGUGAGAAAAGAUGACUUUGACCUUCGAGGUCACAUCGAGUCCGCCGGCCACAACAUUGAGACGUGUUACCACAUUUCCAUCACAGAGAAAACCUGCAGAGGUUUCCUCAUCAAGAUGGGCGGCAAGAUCAAGACUUGGAAAAAGCGUUGGUUCGUUUUUGACCGAAAUCGCAGAACCCUCUCCUAUUACGCAGAUAAACAUGAGGCCAAACUGAAAGGCGUCAUUUACUUCCAGGCGAUAGAGGAGGUGUAUUACGACCACUUAAAGAAUGCUCAUAAGAGCCCCAAUCCAUCCCUGACCUUCAGUGUGAAGACUCACGAUCGGGUUUACUACAUGGUAGCUCCUUCCCCCGAAGCCAUGCGCAUCUGGAUGGAUGUCAUCGUCACAGGGGCAGAGGGAUACACACAGUUCAUGGUUUAAGAGUCAUCCUUCAGUCAGCUCAAAGGGAUAGAUGCAGGAUUGUUACGUAAAGACUGAACUUGCUCUUCUGUCCCUCACUGGCCUCUGGUAU